UAUUUCCUUUUCCUUCCAAGGAAGGGUUAAGAAAGCAGCUGUGAAUUCUGGGAACUGUAGUUUGCUGCAAAGGGUCUUUAGAGGAUGGUCUCAUUCUUUAAAAGCUGGUUGCCGAAGAACUGAUGGCUGAUCGAGUGCUUGUGAUUGGCAGUGGAGGCAGGGAGCAUGCUCUGGCCUGGAAGUUAACACAGUCUCCACAUGUAAAACAAGUGCUUGUUACUCCAGGAAAUGCAGGAACAGCUGGAGAUGGAAAAAUUUCCAAUUCAGUAAUUUCAAUUGAUGACCAUGUUGCCCUUGCCCAGUUCUGCAGAGACCAUGAGAUCAGACUUGUGGUGGUUGGCCCAGAGGUUCCCCUUGCUGCUGGAAUUGUUGAUGACUUGACAGCAGCAGGAGUAAGAUGCUUUGGUCCAACAGCAAAGGCAGCUCAGCUAGAGUCCAGUAAAAGCUUUUCCAAAGCUUUUCUGGAUCGGCAUGGGAUUCCAACUGCACAAUGGAAAGCCUUCACCAGUCCUAAAGAAGCAUGCAGCUUUAUUACCAAUGCAGACUUUCCUGCCCUGGUUGUAAAAGCUAGUGGCCUGGCUGCUGGCAAAGGGGUAAUUGUAGCUUCUAACAAAGAGGAGGCUUGCAAAGCUGUACAUGAAAUCAUGCAGGAUAAGAUAUUUGAAGCUGCUGGGGAAACUGUUGUUAUUGAAGAACUUCUUGAAGGAGAAGAAGUUUCGUGCUUGUGCUUCACUGAUAGCAUAACAGUUGCCCCUAUGCCACCAGCCCAGGACCACAAACGGUUAAUGGAUGGAGAUGAGGGUCCAAACACUGGAGGGAUGGGAGCUUAUUCCCCAGCACCACAGAUUUCCAAAGACUUACUACUGAAAAUAAGAGAUACUAUUCUUCAGAGAACAGUGGAUGGGAUGAAAAAAGAAGGAGUUCCAUAUAUUGGUGUGCUUUAUGCUGGAUUGAUGCUUACUAGGGAUGGGCCUAAGGUUUUAGAGUUUAACUGCAGGUUUGGUGACCCAGAAUGCCAGGUAAUUCUUCCACUACUGAAAAGUGAUUUGUAUGAAGUCAUGCAGGCAACAAUCAAUACGAGAUUGUCUAGUUCCAUGCCUGUUUGGUUUGAAAACAGUGCAGCUGUGACUGUGGUCAUGGCUAGUGAAGGUUACCCAGGAACCUAUGCCAAGGGCUUGAAAAUAACAGGUCUUUCUAAGGCUAAAGAGCUAGGGCUGGAAGUGUUCCAUGCAGGCACAGUAAUAAAGGAUGGCAAGGUUGUGACUAAUGGUGGAAGAGUCCUUACAGUAACAGCUAUUAAGGAAGAUCUGAUGUCGGCACUGGAGGAAGCCAACAAAGGAGUAGCAACCAUACAGUUCAAGGGUGCCAUUUAUAGAAAAGACAUCGGUUAUCGGGCCAUCGCUUUCCUCAGACAUUCCAGAGGCCUGACCUACAAAAACAGUGGGGUAGACAUCGCAGCUGGCAAUACUUUGGUUCAGAAAAUUAAACCCUUAGCAGCAGACACCUCAAGGCCAGGUUGCAAUGCAGAACUUGGAGGAUUUGCUGGUCUCUUUGACUUGAAAGCAGCUGGCUAUGAAGAUCCUAUCUUGGUUUCUGGAACUGAUGGCGUUGGAACAAAGCUCAAGAUUGCACAGGUGUGUAAGAAACAUGACACCAUCGGUCAGGACUUGGUUGCCAUGUGUGUCAAUGACAUCCUGGCUCAGGGAGCAGAGCCCCUCUUCUUCCUCGACUAUUUUGCCUGUGGUAAACUUGACGUUGAAGUGGCUCAAGCUGUCAUAGCAGGAAUAGCUGAGGCUUGUAAAAAGGCAGGAUGCGCUCUCUUAGGGGGUGAGACUGCUGAAAUGCCUGGGAUGUAUUUGCCUGGAGAGUACGAUCUUGCUGGCUUUGCAGUGGGUGCAGUGGAACGAAGACAGAUGCUCCCUCAGCUGGAGAGAAUUGCUGAUGGGGAUGCAGUCAUUGGAAUAGCUUCCUCUGGGGUUCACAGCAAUGGGUUUAGCCUUGUCAGGAAGAUUGUAGAAAAGUCAUCUUUAGAUUUCUCCUCUCCAGUCAGUGGCUCUGGUGACCAGACUUUAGGAGAACUACUGUUAACCCCAACUAAGAUCUACAGUAAGACACUGUUGCCCGUCCUUCGUUCAGAGCACGUUAAGGCCUAUGCCCACAUAACUGGAGGGGGUUUGCUGGAAAACAUCCCUCGAAUCCUCCCAGCCUCUUUUGGUGUUGUUUUAGAUGCUCGUAGCUGGAAGAUGCCUGAAAUUUUUUCCUGGCUUCAUAAUGAGGGGAAUCUUUCAGAAGAAGAGAUGGCUCGAACAUUUAACUGCGGCAUUGGUGCCAUCUUGGUGGUACAGAAGGAGAUGGUUCAGCAAAUUUUAAAAGAUGUACAGAGACAUGAGGAAGCCUGGGUGAUUGGAAGAGUUGUCUCUGUAUGCACAGACUCUGCCUGUGUUAAGGUCAAUCAUCUGAUGCAGGCCCUACAAGCAAACAGGUCAUUGUCUUUGCACAGCCAUAUCCAAGGCAAAAUGCAAACAAACAAAGUGAAGGUUGCUGUCCUCAUCUCUGGAACAGGUACAAACCUUGAAGCCCUGAUAACCAGCACAAAGAAGCCCACCAGCUAUGCACAGAUAGUCCUUGUUAUUUCAAACAAAGCAGGGGUGGAAGGGCUGAGAAAAGCUGAAAGAGCUGGUAUUCCUACAAAAGUCAUUGACCAUAAACUGUAUUCAAGUCGCACAGAAUUUGAUAAUGCAGUUGAUAAAGUUCUUGAAGAAUUUUCAGUUGAACUGAUCUGUCUUGCAGGAUUUAUGCGAAUUUUAUCUGGUCCUUUUGUCAAAAAGUGGGACGGAAAAAUACUGAAUAUCCACCCAUCCUUACUACCUUCUUUUAAGGGAGCAAAUGCCCAUAAAUUGGUAUUAGAAGCUGGAGUCCGGGUCACUGGCUGUACUGUGCACUUUGUAGCCGUAAGUAGCUGUAGCUCAAAAGUAUGCAGCCAACUAAGAUCACUUCACCUUAUGUCUUUUACUGAGGAAGUUGAUGCUGGGGCUAUAAUCUUCCAAGAGGCUGUUCCAGUGAAGGUUGGAGACACAGUGGAGACCUUAUCAGAAAGAGUAAAAGAAGUUGAACACAGAGCCUUUCCUGCUGCCCUCCAACUUGUGGCCAGUGGGGCAGUGCAGGUCGGAGAAGCUGGCAGAGUCUGCUGGAAGUAGGAAUAAUGCAAUUGAGAAGGCUCCUGGACACAACAAUGGAAAACAUGGAACAAGUCUACUAAAGGAACAAAUCAAAAUGGAGGACAAAACCUAACAAGCACAUGAUUGCUUUUAUUCUGUUCAUAAAGUGCGUAAUAGUGUAGGAUCUCCUAGGUCAUGCCAGCAGGAUUUCCACAUCCUUUUUCAAGUGCCUAAAGAUCUCAACAGAAGACACAAGGGGAAGCCAGAAAUGGGGAAGGGGAGGGAGGUUCCCACUUGCUGGGGCUUGUAGCUGAUAAUGGGGACCAUCAUAACUUAAUUAUCAAUGCUUUUUCUGCCAAUUUUCAUAUCAGUUCACCUGACUCUGUUAGUCCCAUUUAUCAGGAAUGUGCAAAAAGUAAAAGAAUCCAAGAGAGCUAAGCACCUCAGAGGUGCUUCAGAAAAGGAUCAUAUAAAUUAAAGCCUGUUAGUCAACAGAUUUUUGGCAGUCUUAGUUCUUCUGUCAGAUUUGUUAAUUUGUGCUGUCAGAAGUGUUUCAGAAUAAACCACUGGAGCCAGUAAACUAAAGGGUAGUACCCAAGUUGAUGAU